UUUCCUAUCGGUCCAUCUAUUUUGCAGCAGCUUUCACCGUCUCACUUGCCAAAAAAAAAACAAUUUUCAGGCAGUUGAAACAUCUGUUGCCUGAGGCCUGGAUAUUAAUUUUCACUCGCAGCCAAUAUUUUCGUUCACAUGCCUCAACAAUCUUGUCUCAGCUGAAGAUUCAAGUAGCUCAUAAACCUCGCUGUUUUUAGAUCUACUUUUUGUCUAUUGUGAAUAUAGAUUGAAGCGGCAGCUCUAGGGAGAUCGGUUUUGGUUCCUCUCAUUUUCAAAAUAUUUCUGCUUUGGCAAGGGUUCGUAAUAUUUCUCCUGCAGGCUCUGCCCAUUUUUUUGUCACCAGCAUCGUUGACAGCACUACAAUUUGUGCAGAAUUUUGAGUUUUCAGGCGUAACAAAAUACUUUAGCUUGUAGAAAGUCUUGAAGGAAAUAAGGAUGAGGAUAAUGAUGGUCGAAUGCAGGGAGAUGAUGGUGAUGGCAUUCCUUUAAAUUUCCUAUUGGCACAUUCUUCGCACCUCCUAAAUUUGCAAGUGCUAGACUUAUCAGUAUUCUAGAGAAUUGGAUUAGUUGACACUGAGGCAAAAAGAUGGUGCUGGUAACUGCAGUAAGGGAUUAUGUAAGCAGGAUGCUCCGAGACAUUUCAGGCAUGAAAGUCCUCAUCCUGGACACAAACACGGUCAGCAUUAUAAGUGUGGCUUUCUCUCAAUCAGAGUUACUGCAAAAGGAAGUGUUUCUGGUUGAAACAUUGGAAACUGUCUCAAAAGAGAUGAUGACGCACUUGAAAGCAGUUUGCUUUCUACGUCCUACAGCAGAAAACAUUCAACACUUAAAAAGACACUUAUAUUUUCCACGUUUUGGAGAAUACCACUUGUAUUUUUCUAAUAUAUUGAAGACUCACUACAUUCAGAUUCUUGGGGAUUCUGAUGAGCACGAAGUUGUGCAGCAAGUACAGGAAUUCUAUGCCGAUUUUGUUGCUGUUGAUCCCUAUCAUUUCUCACUAAAUUUGCCAUCAAACUAUGUCUAUAUGUUGCAACCAGUCUCAGAUCCCCAGAACAGUCAGCGCUUCUGUGACCGUGUGGUUGAUGGCAUAGCUGCAGUUUUCUUGGCACUUAAACGGCGGCCUGUUGUUCGAUAUCAAAGUAGCUCAGACAUAGCAAGAAGGAUUGCACAGGAAAUUGCAAGGCUCAUGUAUGAAGAGGAAAGUGGCCUCUUUGAUUUCAGACGCUCAGAAGUUGCUCCCCUGCUUUUAGUGCUUGAUAGACGAGAUGAUCCUGUGACACCUUUACUGAAUCAGUGGACCUAUCAGGCAAUGGUACAUGAACUUUUGGGGAUUAAAGACAAUAAAGUGGAUUUAAGAAAUGUCCCUAAAGUUCCAAAAGAUCAGCAGGAGGUUGUGUUAUCAUCAGAACAAGAUGCUUUCUUUAAGGCCAACAUGUAUGAGAAUUUUGGUGAUCUUGGAAUGAACAUUAAACGAAUGGUGGAUGAAUUUCAGCAGAAGGCAAAGAGUAAUCAGAACAUUCAGACCUUAGAGGACAUGGCCAAAUUUGUUGAUAACUAUCCUGAGUACAGGAAGAUGCAUGGAAAUGUUUCAAAGCAUGUCACAAUGGUUACUGAAAUGAGCAAGAUUGUUGAUGAACGGAAAUUAAUGUCUUUAUCACACACAGAACAGGACUUAGCAUGUAAUGCAGGGCAGGUGGCAGCUGUUGAGGCAGUUAUGAAUCAUUUGAAUGAUGAAAAUGUUUCAGAUCUGGAUCGUUUACAUCUGGUAAUGUUGUAUGCAUUGCGGUAUGAGAAGGAGAGUCCAAUUCAACUGGAACAGCUGGUGCACAAAUUAUCGCUGAGACCAACCAGAUACAAGCCUGGGCUUGUUCAUUUUUUGUUAAAACAGGCUGGUGUUGAGAAGAGAACUGGUGAUUUAUAUGGGAAUAGAGAUUUUUUUAACAGAGCUCGCAACAUGGCUCGUGGGCUAAAGGGUGUUGAAAAUGUCUAUACCCAGCACCAACCACUCCUGUAUAACACAAUUGAAAGUAUAGUAAAGGGACGUCUGAGAGAUAUUGAUUAUCCAUUCAUUGGGAAUCAUUUUCAACAAGGCAGGCCACAGGAAGUUAUCAUCUUUAUUGUUGGGGGAACAACAUAUGAGGAAGCACGAACGGUAGCUUUACAAAAUGCAGCUAACACAGGAACUCGCAUUAUCCUUGGAGGUUCAGAUAUACUUAAUUCAAAAAAAUUCCUGAAGGAUCUUGAAGAAGCACAUCGGGUAGCUCAAACAAGUGUCAUUUGAUAUUAGAAGAAUUAUAAUGAAAAUGGUUUUGUAUCAGUGAAAUGAUUAAAUUCUUUUGAGUGAACUCUAUUGGCUCAUCUGCCUUUGUAUUUUUAAGACUUGGGACGUCCAUGCGAAGAAAAGUGGAUUUAAAACUCAACAUGUCAAUAUCUCAUGAGCCAUAAUUUAGAUUUAGGUGUCAAAAUAAAGAUGCGAGUAAGAAACAUGAAUGCUAGAAUUCAUCUCAUGCCUGAUUGUUCAUCCUUGUAUGGCUGGAUCAUAAUGGGAGCUCAGGGAAAUGCACAUAACAUAGAAAGAAGCUAAAGAAGUGUGAUUGAUUGUUAGAUUGGUCAUUCAAAAUUAACAUGUAAUGAAGAGCAGAAAGAUUGCUUAUUGUUCUUUUGA